UUGUGACUAAUGAUUUGCUAUAGGUGCCACUCAGGGUAAGACUAUCGUUCUACAGCUAGGUUUUUACUCUUGUUAUUUCUCUUGGUCACUGUUCAAACACCGCGAACAAUGACCAAGAGGAAUAUACAGGGACUGCACGCAGUCUAAACAUUGCUGAAGUCGAUUUAUCGCACCCUAUGACGUAAUGUAAAUCGAGAAAAGACAAGGUAAUGCCUCGUCACGACAUGUCCCUUUGAUGUUAGUGUCAACAUGGACUCAAAACAAAGCGCAAUAAGCUUCAGACCACGUCAAACCCAAACAAAAAAUGGUUUUCUACGGAAGUCGACUCAGUCGUUAUUCUUGUCGAGUGUAUGUCUUGUUCUUUGUGUGGUGAUGUUCGCGAGGAAUGAAAUUAUGUUCAAUGAGUUUCGUGAACAGRAAGCUCGAGUAAGACAGCUUGAAGACAAGGUCCAUCAACUGAUCAACACUGGCAGACAGCCAUCCCAGUCACGUGAUUCAAGCCUAUAUCCAUCAGCGCGCAGAGAACGCCGGGAAAUUACCAAAAAGAUCACCUUGGAUGAUGUGCGUCAAGAAACACUUCGUCAGAUCGUGUCCCUCAAUAAUACACAAUAUUGCCCCUUUAGAAGCUGUGCAGGAGCUAAAGGAUCCAGGGGUCCUUCAGGACCCAUGGGGAGAAGGGGCCCAAGAGGCAGCCAUGGUAAAAGGGGACGAACUGGACCAAAAGGUCCGCCAGGAUCUAUGGGUCCACCCGGUCAACACGGUAAGCGAGGGAUGAUGGGAUUGCCUGGGCCAAAAGGUCCAAGAGGUCCUAAAGGAGAGAAAGGAGAGAAAGGAGAGAAAGGAGACAAGGGAGAUCCUGGCAUGUCAAUCUCUGCACCCAACGCCAUCGUAUCGCCUACUCGUCUGACUGUCCAAGUUAACCAAUCAGCAGAGUUUAUUUGCUCUGCCACAGGCAACCCAAAACCCGAGUUGUCAUGGCAACAAGAUGGGAAAGAGCUACCUUCUCAGUGGAAUACUACGAAGACAGGAAGGGUAAUAGUGAAACACGUUCAGUACAGUGAUGCAGGGAACUUGACGUGUGUGGCUAAGAAUGUCUUGGGAACUGAUCAUCAGGAUGUCAUGCUCGUCGUGCAGGGUCCACCUGUAUUUAAGCUGACACCAAGAGCUUCGUUAACCGCAUUUGAAUCCUGUGACGUCACUAUGACGUGUACAGCGUAUGGUAAUCCUUACCCUGUGGUAAGGUGGACUAGACCACUACGAUCCCUCCCUGUUGGUAGCACAGUACUUUCUAAUGGGACAAUAAUUUUACGAGGUCUAAAGACCAGAGACAGUGGGACAUACGUAUGUGAAGCGAUUAACAAGUUUGGGGUCUUGAGACAUUUGAUCAUAUUCUACGUGUACCACUCUACUUCGUCUGUGAAAUCAAAUUGGGAAACGAUCUUUGAUUUUGAGGAUGGUGGGAAGGCUGGAUGGACACUCACAGGAACAGUAUUUAAGAACCAACCAACAUAUGGAGAUAACUCCGCCGCCAGGGGACGUGAUCCAUCAAACCUUCAAGGUAACUGGUGGAUAGGAGGGGUUGAAGACCGGCGCGAUGCUUCCCAGCCAAGUGGGAAAAUACAAGGAGAUCAACCCACAGGAACGAUGACGUCACCCCCUUUCAUCAUACCGGGCUUCAAACUCAGAUUCCGGAUUGGCGGAGGGUGCACUCUGCAACAUCAACGAGCUGAGCUUUUGAUUGGAGGAAACGUUAUAGCUCAAGCAAAAGGAAAAUGCGCUGAAUUCAUGGAUACACAAUACUGGGAUGUCAAAUGCUACCGAGGACAAACCGCGCAGAUUCGAUUGGUGGAUAAUUAUAGUGGGGGGUGGGGUCACAUAAACUUUGAUUAUCUUGAAGGGCAAGUCAUAACGGAUCCUCAUGGCAAUGGAUAUAUAAACCGAGAUAAAGACUUUAAAACAUCGUGUAUCGUGGUCUUUAUCAGAAUGGCAGACACACAACAAAUAGAAAACGCGAAUGUCACCAAGAAGGGAGGAAAGUGUAUUCGACAGUCGACUCAGUCGUUGUUCUUGUCGAGUGUGUGUCUUGUUCUUUGUGUGGUGAUGUUYGCGAGGAAUGAAAUUAUGUUCAAUGAGUUUCGUGAACAGAAAGCUCGAGUAAGACAGCUUGAAGACAAGGUCCAUCAACUGAUCAACACUGUCAAAGACCAACAGCUUCAUAGUCCAAAUAGUGUAAACAUGAAUCAGCAUACGAGAAGCAGACGCCACGAAAUUACAUCAAAGAUUACCAUGGACGACGUGCGUCAAGAAACACUUCGUCAGAYCAUGUCUCUCAAUAAUACAAUACAUUGUCCCUUUAGGAGUUGUGCAGGAACUAAAGGACCCAGGGGCCCUCGAGGACCCAUAGGGAGAAGGGGCCCGAGGGGCAAACAAGGUCCGCCAGGAUCUAUGGGCCCACCCGGUCAACGCGGUAAGCGAGGGAUGAUGGGAUUGCCUGGGCCAAAAGGUCCAAGAGGUCCUAAAGGAGAGAAAGGGGAGAAAGGAGACAAGGGAGAUCCUGGCAUGUCAAUCUCUGCACCCAACGUCAUCGUAUCACCUACUCGUCUGACUGUCCAAGUUAACCAAUCAGCAGAGUUUAUUUGCUCUGCCACAGGCAACCCAAAACCCGAGUUGUCAUGGCAACAAGAUGGGAAAGAGCUACCUUCUCAGUGGAAUACUGCAAAGAUAGGAAGGGUAAUAGUGAAACACGUUCAGUACAGUGAUGCAGGGAACUUGACAUGUGUGGCUAAGAAUGUCUUGGGAACUGAUCAUCAGGAUGUCAUGCUCGUCGUACAGGGUCCACCUGUAUUCGAACUGACACCAAGGGCUUCGCUAACCGCAUUUCAAUCCUGUGAUGUCACUAUGACGUGUACAGUGGACGGUAAUCCUUACCCUGUGGUAAGGUGGACUAGACCACUACGAUCCCUCCCUGUUGGUAGCACAGUAUUUUCUAAUGGCACAUUAACCAUACGAGGUCUGAAGACCAUGGACAGUGGGACAUACGUUUGUGAAGCGAUGAACAAGUUUGGGGCCGUGAGGCAUUUGACCAGUCUGUAUGUGGACCGCUCAACUGCUAUUUCAUCUGACUGCUGGAGAAUGAUCUCGGGUGCCUCAGGAGGAAGCUGGCUCCACACAGGUGCAGCCGAUGCAGUAGACGUAAUUGUGAGUCGUGACGUCACUCUCAUUGGAUAUCGCCUGUGGGGGGUAUACUCAGGCUCAGGCAGUCAUGACGUCACGAUUCAAGUCAAAGACAACCAAGAAAGGACACUGGGAUGGAAGAAAGGGAAUUACCGAACAGUUUCAUCACAGAGGACCUUUGUCGUUAAGUUUACUCGUCCUGUGAAGCUAAAAAAAGGUGUUCGGUAUACCUUAUCAGGGUUACUUCUAGGGCCACCAGCUCACAGAGGGAUUUUUGGGAAGAACGCUGUUACCUGUAAUGGUGUUACUAUAAGAUUCUUUAUAUCGUCAGAAAAUAAAAACGGCUCAUCGGCUAAAUAUGGUCAGAUUCCUGCUUUGCUUAUAGCGGAAACUGGUAGGAAAUGUGAAUAAACAUAGAUGCCUGAUUCUUUGCAUCAAUCAUAUUGAACACACGUCUAAACAAAGUAUACGGACUGUUGACCCAUUUACGAGUAUUCUUGUAUGUAACUGCUCAAAUAUUUUACACAUGAAAUGAUUAACCAA